AUGAAUAACUACAUUUUUACCACGUGCAACGAAAAUGAUGAAAGGACAAUAGAAAAAUAUCAUGGAAACCCAUUCACUAAUUCGAAAGAAGAUUAUUAUAAUGAAAAGAUUCAAAAGAUUAUUUGUUCAAUAUUAGCAAGUAAAAAUAUAAGGAAAAUAAACUACUUAGUUUUUGAUGUGUUAUUUGACUAUUUUAUAAAAAUUAUAAAAACCAUAGGAGUGAACUGUAGGAAGUUCUCCUCUCUAAGGGGUAGUGUGGUUGUAAAUUAUAUAGACAUAAAAUAUUGUUUGAAAUUAGCUUUUAGUAAUUUAUAUACUGAAAUAUAUGUAUUAAAAAAUUAUAAUAAGCUUUUUGGGCAUCUUAUAUUUGACAUACUACAGGAUGAUAAAGGGAAAAAAGACCAUAAUAAUAGUACUAACUAUAACAAUAGCAGUAAUAACAAUAAUAAUUAUUAUAGUAAUAAUAAUAGUAACACCUAUAGUAAUAAACCUAAUAUCUCUAGUAAUAAUAACAGCUGUAGGAAUAGUAACAAUGUUAACUACAUCAAUGUUGUCCAGAAUUCCUAUUUAUACUAUAAACAGUUAUGUAUGAAAAAAAAGGACAAGUAUGAUUCUUUAAAUGAUUUUAAUAAUAUUAAUUAUUUACCGUUAGGUACUUUCUCAUCAAACGAAAAUGUAAAUGUAUUAUUUUUAAAUGAAAAUAUUGAUAUUGAAAAAUAUAAAGAAAUUAUGAAAUUAAAAAAAAAAUAUAUACAUGACCAUAUGCCCAUAAUACCUCUCUCAUUAAAUAGGAAAGAAAAAAAAACAGGGUAUUACAAUGAUAAAACCGACUAUUAUGAACAAGAGUCAUCUUCAAUAAACUCCUCAUCAAACAGUUCGUCCACAUCUUCUUCCUCGACUUCCUCUGAUCAUUCAAGUGAUGAUUCAGACCAUUUCAGUUCUAUCAACAAACAUUAUGGAGAAGAAGAGAUGGAUAACAAGUUUACAAAAGAAUGUAUGGGGCAAGAAAAAAUUGAUAUAUUAAACCUCAUACCAAAGUUAAAAGAUAUAUAUACACAGAAUGCACAAAAUGCACAGAAUGCCCAUAAGAUGAUGAAUCAAGAGACGGGGAGUGAAUGCUUAUUCUUCAACUCGCUAAACAUUUUCGAUGCGAAGGAAUAG